CAAAAACCUUGAGUUCUCUCCUUACUUUGCCAAUAUUGCAACCUCCUACCGUAAAUGUUCCUUCUCACAAGCUUUAUGAUCGUAAUCAGGCUCUAAAUUCAAUAUCAAGAGUUGCUGAAUAUAAUUACCAGGGUCGCAGCAGUCCUGACCACAAAGAUCAUAGGUUCAUUUUAAUUCCUGGAGGGAUGGGAAUAGGAAAGACGCGGAUGGGCUGGGAAUUAAAAAAUCUGUCCUCUAUAUUGUCAACAAGAAUUAACGACACUGUUGAGUUUGUAGAGGCUCUAAAAGAUCCCUGUUACGUCUUUAUUGACUUAAAUAAUAGAAGUAGAUAUAUUAAAGGUUUCGAUGAUGUGGAAUAUUCAAGUAUACAAAUAGGAACGCGUGUUGCAAUUGCUUCAGGGUUGGUGCCUGGGUGUCAUAGUCUAAGUAAACUAUUAGAAACAAACAGUCCAAAACUUUUCGAGCUUUCUGACGUAAUUUGUGAGAUACUUCAACGUCGUUUUAAAAUGCAACAUCGUUCAGUUGAGGCUAUCAUCAUCCAUAUUGACGAAUAUCAACUCUAUAUUAAUGAUGUUCAACAAUAUCAACAAGAGUCAUGGAUAAAGUCUCGCCAUUUCUUUAAAUCAAUGCUAAGUGAGAUUGGUAGUGUCAUGCGUGGUAAUAAUAUAAAAGAUGAGUAUUAUGGGAAAUAUUUUAUUAUCCCAAUCUGUACGGGAACAUCAGCUAUAGACGUUCAUUUUCUACCUACAGAGUAUACCCAAGAAAUUUUUGAGCUCAAACCUUUGAAUUAUGUCUCAGCAAAGUCAAUGUUCCUUGACAAAUACGAUUAUUCAAAGCAAACAACAGAUGAAGGAAGAAAUCUAGUGGUGCAAGGCCUCAAAUUACAUCACUAUUCUGAACUUAAUAAUGAAGACAUCGAAAAGCUUUCAGCAGAUUUUUGUAACUUUGUCCUGAAUCAACAACACUUUCAUAUUGCUAUGUUUGACACUGGCUUCAUUCCAAAAUUUAUUGACGAUCUCUUAAGUUGUUCUACCCUUACAUCAUAUUUUGAUUGGGGAAAUCAACUCUUUACUAAAAUAUCCGAUCGGAAUGUUGCUACGGUUGGAAAUAACCCAGGUGAUUGGAAGAACUUGGAGGAUAUACGUACUGUAAUCUCAUUUGGGCUUACCGGGCAUCAUAUAAUGCGAGAUUUUCUACUACCCAGUCGCACUUCCAUUGGCGAACUUGAGCGAGCUGGUCUGAUAUAUCUCUCCAACUUCAAAGGUUAUUGGUACACUAUCAUCAUGCCCUUCAUGCUAUUGAAAAUACUCAACAACAUGCUACUGGUUUCUGGCGUAGAAACCGUGUUUCCAGAUAAUCUUCUCCUAAUUCCAACAUAUUUUUCCCCUUGGCAGCGGGAAGACUUUGAACUACUAUACGGAUAUUACCAAAAGGCUCUUAUUGAUAGUUUAAUCAAUGUCAAGGAGUCAAAAUUAAGUAUUAGCUGGCAAUUAUCUGACAUAUUUCGUGGCGCACUAGGUGCUGAUACACUUCUCCAACGCAAAGUACGAUUACAUAACCUCAAAGUCUUUACUGAAAGUAAGAAGUUUCUUGUAGAGACAAACGAUGUUGCAAGCUUUGAUAAGUCAGUGUUAUGUGAUGACAAUGUAACCCGCUCACUUGAGGGAGGCAUUUUUCGCUGUUGCCAAGGGAAUGCCAAUAUUGAUCACCGCUGGAUUCUUGAUUCUGCCGAUAAUGGAAAAAAAUUAGCGAUUUUUUCACAAAUCAAGUACUCAGAAUGCGGUGUAACAACUAACAUGUCACCACCAGAUAUUAAAUAUUGGUACGAUAUAACAAUGAAAUCAGUAGAAAAUUAUAAAGAUGAUUAUUAUGUGGUUCUUGUUUUAUUCACAAACCGGAAAUGUACAGGAAAAAUCAACAUCGAGACAAUGCCUCAUCUACUUCUCAUUUAUCCGGAAAAUCUUGAGAAGUAUCUUUCUCCAACAUUUGCUCAUCGUGGUUUGUGGAUAGACCAAGCGAAAAAUGAUUUCUAA